CUACCAUCGGGCUUUGCCAACCUCGCUGACGGACCGGCAGUUUGGGGCGACUGCAUACCGCCUGUCGGCGCUGUGGGCACCAGCUGCCCUACCCUGCUCUGCCCUGUCCUGUCCUGCUCAGCCCUGAAUUUGUUGUUGAUGCCGUCCGUCUGGGUUCAGGCCGUUGCGGGCUGGGGUCAAGCCGCAUCAUCGUCGUCACGGUCCCGGGCGGCGUCAUCAACUGGUAUGUACUUCGUAGUAGCAUCGCUCAUCGCGUGGUGUCGCAUCGCGUCCGGCAUCGCCAUCGGCAUCCGCAUCGACCGCUCUUGCUCUCUCUCUCUUUUGAGCCAUGCCUGCGCAUCUGUGUGAACGUCGUCACGUUUCGGUGCGACAGCUGCGGCAACGGCGAUGCAGCUAGUUCGUACUUCGUACAUACAGUGUGGUCCCUGGGAAGAUACAACAAUGGCAGACUUGCCUGACUUGUCUUGGCCACGUCACGGUACGUGGCCCGUGACCAAUGCAACUGUGCCUUGCCCUCGCAUCGACAAGCUGACCUGCCGUUGUGUGUGGGCUGUGGACGGGAGGGGAGAAGCGGGGGGGGGGGGGGGGGGACCCUGCCAUUGUGCAAGCCAUGACGCACGUUUUGGCAAGAUGCGCUCCAGCGCACCUGCUGCUUCCCUGCGCGGCAGCAGCCGAAUGAAUCCAAUGACCUGGACGCGUCCAGUCGCGUUGCCCCACCGCGCCAUCCCACCCGAUCCCAGAAGCCUCAACACCGGACCGGACCGAUCUGACAUCGCCGCUUGCUUCGUUCUGCGGCCCUUACCGAAGCCACCCUGUCUCGUAACUACUACCGCAAAAGUCGCCGUCUGCUAGGCUUGUGAGCCCGGCCCCCACCGCCGCCACCGCAGCUCGCCAUGCCACGCCUGGUGAAUCGCGGGACGGCCGCUCCCCCCUCAGCCGCUCCCGACCUGCCGCCGUACGAGCCGCCCUCAUGCCCGCUCAACGAGGCUGCCCGCACCGCCCUUGGCCAACUGUCCAACCAUCGUGGCACCGCACCCUACGAAUCGCAGAUCAAGGAGGCCAUCCGAGGGCUUGGCCUCGGCGUUGGGGACGUACACGAGCGUCUCCUCUCCCAACAACAGCGACUCGAAGCAUUACGCGAGCGUCGCCGCGAGAAGGGCCUAGCCGAAAAGUCGCCCGAGGAGGAGCGCCUCGAGGAGCACCUCGCUUCUUUCGAGGAUGAAGUCGACGCCGUGACUCGCGAGUCCGAGGAGACCCUGCGCGGCCUCAUCGACAUGCGAAACGAACUCGAGGACGAGGCCGUCAUCCUUGGCGAGCUGUACACAACCGCCGCGACGUCUAGUGCUGCCAUCGCGGCGGCUGCACAGCAGCGCCGUGGCGCUGAUCUCGGGCCCGAAGAUGGCGACGAAGAGGAUGAUCGCAAGGCGGACCCCGUGCCCAGCUCUCUCGACACUCUGCGGGAGCUGCGUGCGUGGAAGCUCGCAGAGUACACAAAACUCACGCCCAUUCAGCGCUACGCCAGGAACAACGAUUACGCCGGAUUCAAGAAGCUGUGGCACGACGCUGCUGCGGGAGAGGGCGGCGCGCCACUGCCCGACGCGUCUCGCUGGUUCCGCUCCAACGGCCAGCCCGUCAUGGACCGCCCUGGCACCGACAACCGGAGGGCCACCGCGGGUGCCGGGGAGGAAGAUGACGACGACGACGACGUUGCCGUUGCGCGCGAGUUUGUCAGCCUCAAGUGCCCGUUGACACUGCGGGACAUGGAGCAGCCAUACAGCAACGUCAAAUGCAAGCACACGUUUGAGAAGAGCGCCAUCCUCGACUACCUACCACGCACGGGGGUCGUACAGUGUCCCCAAACAGGCUGCUCCGAGACGUUCUCAAGUGCGAGUUUUAAGGAUGACUUUUACCUCGAUGAGCCAAUGCUUCGACGAAUCCAGCGAGCGCGACAAACUGAUCGCAAUAAUGAUAUGGAUGAGGACGAAGAGGAUGACGAGGAUGACGAGGACGAGGCGUCAAUGGUUGUAGGCGAUGCAAGACGUGUCCGAGGUCGGAUGCCUAAACCCGAACCACAAUAAGGGGCUAUGGAUGUAAAGCUGUGGUAGGUUGACGAGGGAUGAAGAUGAUACCCCUGGGUUGGCGAGCUCGGCCACUCAGUAUUGCGAAGUUCAGCAGGCCUGUUACGCAAUCCCACGUUGUAUGGAAGCCUAUGCAUGGGCUUAUUGCACGCUCGUCGCCCUUGUAGUCUUGACGGCCAAGGACGCUUGCCGCAUGCUAUUGGAUUCCGGCCUGCCUACGGGGGAGCAAUGAGGCACACGAGUCACUAGAGCAAGGAGAGCAACGGCAGAAGUUGCCUUCUAUUGAAACUUGGCUCCCUUGCCAAUAUUGCCCCCAAAAAACUGAUAUCUACAAACUCCCCAUUAUGUCCCGGGCCAAUCGGAUACCCAAAAUUUCUUGGCCGCAAAUGUAUGCCUUCGCCGCUGUGUAAAUAAAUG